GUAGGAGAGGUUGCCAGAUAUGUUGGGCUGAACUUCCUCCUGCACCUCCGUUAUUUCCUAGGUUUCUGAAGGAAUUUCAGUUCUCCACUCCGCCUCAGACUGAUAACUUUGGUGCUGGCAAAAUAUUGUUGUUUUGUUUUGUUUUUUUGUUUUUAAAAUAGUACCGUGUUAAAAAUAAUACUAAUUCUUAUACAACAGAAUUGAGACUAUUCGAAGUGAAAGGGAUUUCUGACGCUGAAAGAGAAUUUGGGGAUAUUGUUGUUUAACCAAAGGUCUGAUCGCAUGUGUUUGUACUCUGUCAGUAUCUCAGUGAUGUUCUCCUACUUCUCUCUCCUGCUGCUGCUGAGCUUGGCCUCCCUCUCAAUGGCACUGCCCUUUGAGCAGAGAGGCUUCUGGGACUUUGUCAUGGAUGGCGAAGGGGAUGGUCUUACAGUAAUGAUGAGGGAUGAAGAGGACGGCUCGGCUGUGCUACCAACAUUUCUGCCACCUAUUGAAAUUCCUAUGUGUCCAUUUGGGUGCCAAUGCCAUCUUAAAGUGGUACAGUGCUCUGACCUUGGUUUGGUCUCUGUACCUGAAAACAUCCCCAUUGACACAAAGCUGCUAGACCUACAGAACAACCACAUUACAGAGCUGAAGGAGAAUGACUUCAAAGGACUUAGUAACCUCUAUGCUUUGUCACUGGUCAACAAUAAGAUCUCUAAAGUUCAUUCGAAGGCCUUCAUACCACUAAAGCACCUACAAAAGCUUUAUUUUUCCAAGAACUUGCUGACAGCGGUGCCCAAAAACCUGCCAUCCUCAUUGGUGGAGUUGCGCAUCCAUGACAAUCGCAUUAAGAAGGUGUCUGCAGGCACCUUCGCUGACCUUGGCAGCAUGAACUGCAUAGAAUUGGGUGGGAACCCCAUUCAGAACAGUGGCUUUGAGCCCGGAGCUUUCAAUGGUCUCAAACUCAACUACCUACGCAUCUCAGAAGCCAAGCUAACUGGCGUGCCUAAAGAGCUCCCUGACAGCCUCCAUGAGCUCCAUUUGGACCAUAACCAGAUCCAAGCAAUUGAGCUGGAAGACCUGAGGCGCUACAAACAACUGUAUAGACUGGGCCUGGGUUUUAACAACAUUCGAAAUAUUGAGAGCGACAGUCUGUCCUAUUUGCCAAACCUGAGAGAACUGCAUUUAGAAAACAACCAGCUGACCCGUGUCCCCAAGGGCCUGGCUGACAUGAAGUAUCUGCAGGUGAUUUACCUCCAUUCUAACAACAUAACUCGGGUAAACGUGGAUGACUUCUGCCCUCAAAGCUAUCACAUGAAGAAGAGUUUCUACAAUGGCAUUAGUCUUUAUGGAAAUCCUGUCCAGUACUGGGAAGUGCAGCCCGCAACUUUCCGCUGUGUUACUGACCGCCUGGCUAUUCAUUUUGGAAACUACAAAAAAUAGAUGCACACAGAGGCCGAGAGAAGAAAGAAGGAGUGAUGAAUAUUGAACAAUAUACAGUAAAAACAAGACCGAAGAGAAGAAACCAAAUCAGAACAUUAGGGAAGGAGAUAACAUGUAUAGUGGGUUUAGAUUAAUGUGGCCUUGAUGUAGAAGGAGCUUAAAAGCAGGAGCUUAAAAAUUAUGGUUCAAAUGUACAACCUGAGAGCACAGCCUGAUUAGUUCAGUUUUUUAUAAUAACUCUUAUUGUUCACCAGAUAUGCUGUAGUAGUAAUUCAUAUGUUUUUGUUUUUAUUAUUAUUAUUAUUAUUAUUAUUAUUAUUAUUAUUAUUAUUAUUAUUUGAACAGAUAAAUUAAAUGUAAUUUUAAUGAUAAGGUUCUCUUUAUGUGUAGAUUUGCCUAUAUGAGUGUCUUUACUAAAGUUUCUAUCUUGCUUCUUGUACUUUUGGCAUCUUUUGCUAAUAGGGAUGGAGUAAUUGUAUACUGUAUAUGUUAGGAAACUACUUGUCCUAUACUUUAAAAUGCAGUUUGUCACACCCCCAGGUCCCAUAUGUCCAUUCAGUGUCUUUACUGAGCCUGGAGCUGAUCUAUGCUAAUGUACUGUUUUGCACAUCGCCUCAUCAUGUUCCAAAUGGAUAGGUUGAGCCUGUCCAUGCUUGUACUCUGCUCAUCUGCUGCACUUUGAGCAUAAAAUAAAAUUCUUUAUGACUUGA